AAAAAAAAAGAAAUAGCCUUUUUUUUUUUUCUGCUGGUGCGUUUGUUUGUGUGACGGCGAGUCCCGGCGGUGUAACCGGAGAGGGGCCUCAGAGAGGGAAUGCAGGACUGCAAUGGAGCACAAUGCAAUACAGUGGUUGGGUGCCCCCUCCUGCCAGCGAGGCAGCUACGCCUUCUAUAAGUCAGUGAGCAGCAGAGCUCAACCCGAGGGGCCCGUCCAGGUAUGGAAGCUGGGGGAGUUUUACUUCAUCCGGUGUGGACCACAGGAUCCUGUGUGCAUCGCAGAGGUGACCUUACUGUGGGAGGACCAGACACGGCGCCACCUGCUGGCCAGCGCCAGACUCUACUUCCUGCCUGAGGACACACCAAAGGGCCGGACCAGUGAGCACGGAGAGGAUGAGGUUCUGGCGGUGUCCAGGAAGAUGGUGGUGCGGGUGGAGGAUCUGGUGCGAUGGGCGUGUGCAGAGCCGGCAGAUUGGAGUAGCACCAAGCUGCCACCCAGCGGGAUCAACGGCCUCCACAAACCCCUCCAGAGCAGCGACGGCAACAGCGGCAAUGACAAGAGCAGCGAGCCGGUCAAAGACAAAACUAAGAAUGACCUGCCAAACUGUCAUGGCAUCAAAGUGCUCAGCUACCCGCAGUACUGCCGCUUUCGCUCCCUGCAGAGGCGCAUCCAGGACAGAGCGAGGGGGCCGGGGCUGCAGGAUCCCCACCUGCUGGCCCUGGGAGGUGUCAAGGUGCUGCCCAACACCCGGCUGAUGUACUGCAGAGACACCUUCAACCACCCGACGCUGGAGAGCAGCGCCAGUUUCUCCUGGCAGUUCAGAUGUCCGUCUCUCAGUCUUCGAGGGCGACCUCGCAAGAGGAGAGGCCGAGACGGCAAAGACUCCCCUAACUCCAGCCAAUCAGAGUCCUGGAUUGAGAAGAUGAAGGAGAACGUGAUGGGCAGCGUGGAGGUGGGCUGUGAGGGCAGCUGGCUCCCCCACCCUGAAGAGCAGCUGUUCCUGGAUCAGCUCUUUGCCUACAUGGAACGCCUCGGCUCACCCAUCCACAAAGUCCCCAACCUGGGCUUCAAGAAGAUUGAUCUCUUCCUCAUGUACUCUGUGGUUAAGCGGCUCGGAGGCUACAAGAAGGUGACAUUGGACCGUCUCUGGAAAGUGGUUUAUAAUGAGCUGGGAGGAUGCCCCGGCAGCACCAGUGCUGCUACCUGCACCAGGAGACACUACGAGAGACUGAUGCUUCCCUAUGAAGAGCACCUCAGAGCAGGAGGAGCAGAAUUUAAAGUCCCAGAAUCCCCCAUGCCACCGAAACCCAGAGGGAUAAGAGGAAGGAAACCACUUCAGAGAGGCAGAAAACCGGGACUCAAAGCCAAGGACAAGAAGAUGACAACCCCUGCUGCUCCUUCUCGUACUAUCGUGAACCCUAACGGCACCGUGGUGGUGAAGAGAGGCCGAGGCCGGCCGCCGGGCACUCGCAACAAGGCCACGCUGAUCGCUCAGGCGAAGCUGCUGGCUCAGCAGCAGGCAAAAGCCAAAGCAGCGGUCGAGUCUCAGCAGCAGAGUCCUCUGCUUCCUGUCAGAGUUGGAGGCGGUCCCACCCCCAGCAGCACACACAGGCCCGUCCAGCCAGCUGUCCUUCCUGUCAACAUGCCCCUCACCCCAGACCUCUCCCCCAUGACCGCCCCCUUCCUCCCCUUCCAGCCCAAACCAAAGGAGCUGAGGCCGGACAGAGCGGAGACUGUGGCUCCUGCUCCAGGUGUGCUCCUCUCCACUCUGCCUCGCCACUUUGUCGGAGGAUCUCUGGGCGGUUUUAGCCCCAUCAAAGGCGUCUGUCCUCUGGAUGUCUUCAGGAACCGCAUAAGCCUCCAGAGAGGCCCGGAGAGCCCAGCCCUGACGCCUCAGGACCCAACCCAACACCAUCCAACCAUCUACACCCUUCAGCCCAAAGUUGGAAGCCCGGAUGCGUCUCAUCCCAGCGGGGACCAGCUUCAGCCUCAGCCCCACAUGCUCCACCAGCAGCACAACCGCUGCUCCGGCUGUACUGUGGACGAGGCAGCCCAGAGAGGAGGCAGUCGGGACGUUAGGAACCGGCCUCCUCUGCCCCCUCUCCGGGUCCUGCCUUUGAACCUGGACUGCAGCGUUCAGGUGUGCCAGCUGAUGAGGACUCGUCUGGGCUCGUCUCAGUUCCAGACCUUCACCCGCCGACUGUCUGAGGCUCUGUCCCAGGACCUCAGCACCAAGCCCCCCUGCUCUCCUAUCACCCCUCCCCCAGAGCAGGCACUGCCGCUCAACCUCAGCAAACGCUUCACGGCGAAGAGACCCAGCACCGAGGGACCAGAACCGAGCCUGGCAACGAUCAACGGGAGCACAGAUCAGCCGCCAUCCAAGAGACAGAGACCCGGCUGCACAGAGCAGGCUGAGGACUUCAGCCUGGGCGGCCGGUCCAGCUCUGUGGGAAGUGCAGGAGGAGGAGAGCAGGAUGUGGAGAUGAAGAACCAGGAGGAACCAGCGGACCUGAGCUCCCCCAGCAGGAUUAGGGCCUUCCUGCUUGGGCUGCCACCUUUCCAGGUAAAAUUUGAGGAGGAUCUGAACGGGACGAGGUUUGGGAAAUUUCUUCCUCCAGGAUCUAUGGCUGAAACCCAGAGGACCGAGACAGAGACAGGAGAGGGACGAGUGGCAGUAAAGAAAGAAGUAAAGAAGGAGGAGGAGGUGGUUGAAAUAGAGCGAUGUGACACUGAGAUAAGCAACAAAUUACAGAAGCCAGAGCAGGAGGAGAAAGAUCCCGCCCACCUCUCUGGUUCUGGCCCAGUGGAGCUGAAGAUAGCCGGGCCCUCAAACACUGACACACACUGUUUUUAGCAUUAUUCCCUCUGUUGAUAUUAGCAUUUUGUGAUCAGAAAACUGUCGGAUAAUUCGGGAUUGGCGGUUUUGGAAUGUGGAAAGUUGUAUCCACCAUGGUGCUUGGUGUUGGGUUUGGACACUGGAUGCUUCAGUGGUUGAUCCGGCUCAGGUUGACGCCUGAACACGUGGAGCAGGGGUGAUUCUUUGCUUCAUAUUUGAGAACAUUUGAACUCAUAACUUCUCCUUAUUUCCCAUUUUUGUCUCCUUGUUGUUAUUUCCUGUUUUUUUUUUCCCUGGUUUUCGAUCUUCUCUUCGAUUGAACUUUGCAGAGGAGUGACGACACUGAGACUCAUGACAAUCACAAAUCAGUUUCUCUUCGUUUCUCCGUUGAUUUCUGUCUCUUAAUGGUUAAAAAAAAGAAACAGAGGAAUGAGACUGUGACUCUUUUACAAACACUGCCAUAACCCUCCAUAACACUAUUAACUCCACUAUUCAAUGUUAAGGUGAAAUAUUGAAUAAGAUCCAUAUUACUUAAAAUAAAAAUCAGUUCUAUCUAUGGGUGAUGCUAUGCAUCAAGACUUCAUAAAUUAGCAUCUAGAGUGUACUGUAGUUUGGUAGUUUCAUUUUUAAAUUGUACUCUACUUCUGUAGAGAAAUAGUUAUUUUCUGAUAAAGUGUCUAGAUGUUAUCUGGAGCUCCUCAGUCUUCACAUUAUAGCUCGUUAAGUGAAGCCUUUCUAUAGUCCUGCUCGUUAGCUGAAAUUAUAUAAACUGUUCUUACACAUA